AUGGGUUUUGAAGUCUGGAGAUUUGUGAACGAAGUGGAGAAGAGUGUACAAGGGUACGGACGGCGCGAGGGGGGGAGUGGGAAGGGGGGGCGGGGGGGGGGAGGUGGAGGGGGGCGGACGUGGUCGGAAAGAGUUCCCCGGCAGCGCUGUGGGUGGCGCGAUGAGUGUGGCAUGCAGGCGCUGUGUCCCCACGUGACCGAGAGUCUGCUGGAGGGGAGCUGCGAGAGUGUGAGGGUGGCGAGGGAGGUGGCGAGUGUGAGGGUGGAGGAGCUGUGGGGGUCGGGCAUUUGUGGGGGUGAUGUGGUCAGCUGUGGGGGUCCGGGCGAUGUGGGGGUGAUGUGGUCAGCUGUGGGGGUCCGGGGCAAUGUGGGGGUGAUGUGGUCAGCUGUGGGGGUCCGGCUGUGGGGGUCGGGAAAAGUGGGGUGUGGUCAGCUGUGGGGGUCGGGCCAGUGGGGUGUGGUCAGCUGUGGGGGUCCGGGCAUGUGGGGGUGUGGUCAGCUGUGGGGGUCCGGGCAAUGUGGGGGUGAUGUGGUCAGCUGUGGGGGUCCGGGUGAUGUGGGGGUGAUGUGUGUCAGCUGUGGGGGUCCGGGCAAUGUGGGGGUGUGUGGUCAGCUGUGGGGGUCCGGGCAAUGUGGGGGUGAUGUGGUCAGCUGUGGGGGUCCGGGGCAAUGUGGGGGUGUUGUGGUCAGCUGUGGGGGUCCGGGCAAUGUGGGGGUGAUGUGGUCAGCUGUGGGGGUCGGGCAAUGUGGGGGUGAUGUGGUCAGCUGUGGGGGUCCGGGUGAUGUGGGGGUGAUGUGGUCAGCUGUGGGGGUCCGGGAAUGUGGGGGUGAUGUGGUCAGCUGUGGGGGUCACGGGCAAUGUGGGGGUGAUGUGGUCAGCAUGUGGGGGUCCGGGCAAUUGUGGGGGUGA